AACAGUGCUGUCACACCUACUAUACCUUCAAAAUUUCCGCCAAAGUUAAUCUCGUGAGAUCUCGCGAAUGAUAUCUCGCCGGUCGUUUCAAAAUGGCUGCGCCCAUGCGAGCGUGUGACUGUUUGUGCAAAUGCACCGGCGGCCCAUAUGCACGUAUGCGAUAUUUUGCAGUUCAAAAGAAGGUCACAUUCGAACCCGUGGAAAAAUAGUGAUUAUGGGGCAACAGUCGAAACUGAAAUUGGAAACAGGCCAUUCAAAAUCUCCACUGGGAAGCUGGCCAGGUUUGCUGAUGGUACUGCUGUUGCUCAGCAUGGCGAUACAUCGGUGCUUGUAACUGCUGUCAGCCGUGACAGGCCUGUCCAACAAAACUUUGUUCCCUUAACUGUUGACUACCGCCAGAAGGCAGCCGCGGCUGGCCGAAUCCCAACCAACUACCUCCGCCGAGAGAUCGGGCCCUCUGACAGUGAGGUCCUCACAAGCAGACUUAUUGAUCGAUCAGUCCGACCUUUGUUUCCUCGUGGAUUCUACAAUGAAACUCAGAUAAUGUGCAAUUUGCUUGCAGUUGAUGGAAUGAACGACCCAGACAUUAUCAGUAUAAAUGCAGCAUCAGCAGCCCUGGCAGUGUCUAAUAUUCCAUGGAAUGGCCCUGUAGGAGCGGUUAGAGUUGGGCUUAUUGACAAUGAAGUCGUGGUCAACCCUACCAGGCGUCAGAUGUUUCAGAGUACCCUCAAUCUGGUGAUCACUGGUUCUGAGCGUGACAAAGUGGUAAUGCUGGAAGCCUCAGCCAACAAUGUCUACCUACAAGACUUCCAGAAGGCAGUGAAGCAUGGCUUGAAGGAAACACAAGCCAUCAUUCGACAGAUUAAAAAACUCCAGAAUGAGAUUGGUCAGGAAAAGAAGGAAGUGCCGCCUGUCUGUGAACCCUCAGAAGAAAUCACAAGUAUUGUCAAAAGUCUUGCAGAAUUGAAGUUAAGGGAUAUUUUCACAGACAGUUCUCAUGACAAAAUAUCCAGAGAUGUGGCUGUGAGGAAAGUCAGAACAGAUGUGUUGAGAGAUGUACAAGAGUCGCUGUUGCAGAAUGGUGGGUCUUCCACAGCAACUGAUAAACCAGAAGUGGAAACUCAGGACAUACAUCAAGUAUUUGAUGCUCUGUCCAAAAAUGUAUUUAGGAAUCUCAUACUGGAUGAACAGAAAAGAUGCGAGAGGCGGGAGCUUACCCAGUUGAGGGACAUCUCCUGUGAGGUCGAUCUGUACAAACCACUGCAUGGGUCAGCCAUCUUCCAGAGGGGACAAACUCAGGUUCUAUGUACCGUGACAUUCGACAGUCUCGACACAGCCUUCAAGUCAGACCCUAUGUCUGUUCUGGCUGGAGGUCUGAAGGAAAAGAAUUUCAUGUUGCAUUACGAGUUCCCUCCCUAUGCUACCAAUGAGACUGGCCGAAUUGGCGCCAGCAAGAGAAGAGAGCUUGGACAUGGUGCCCUGGCAGAGAAAGGAUUGAGGCCUUUAAUACCCUCCAACUUUCCUUUCACAAUAAGACUGACAUCCGAGGUGUUGGAGUCGAAUGGUUCUUCCUCCAUGGCAUCGGUGUGUGGUGGUAGUCUUGCCCUGAUGGAUGCUGGUGUCCCCAUCUCAGACGCUGCUGCAGGGGUGGCUAUUGGACUGGUCACUCGCACUGAUCCUGAGAAGUCGGACAUAUUGGAAUACAAGCUGUUGACAGACUUGCUGGGUAUUGAAGAUUACUUAGGUGAUAUGGAUUUCAAACUAGCUGGGACCAAGAAGGGAAUCACAGCCCUGCAAGCGGACAUCAAGCUGUCAGGGAUUCCCAUUAAGAUUGUCAUGGAAGCCAUACAACAAGCAGCAGAUGCAAAACAUGAGAUAUUGAAGAUUAUGAACAACACACUUGCAAAACCAAGAAGUUCCCGCAAAGAAAAUGGGCCAGUAACAGAGACAUUGCAGGUACCUCUGCACAAGAGGCCGAAGUUUGUGGGAGCUGGCGGCUAUAACCUGCAGAAGAUCCGCAGUCAGACAGGGGUGACCAUUACUAACAUGGAUGAGACCACGUUCCAAGUGUUUGCCCCCAACAAGGAUGCCAUGGAGGAAGCACGCGAGAUCAUGGAGGAACUGUUGCAGGAUAAUGUGCCAGAGUUUGAAUUUGGUGCUAUUUGUACAGGGAAGAUUGUUGAAAUCAAAGAAUAUGGUGUGAUGGUGGAGCUUCACCCCCGACUGCAGCCCGUUCUCAUUCACAACUCUCAGCUAGAUAUGAGGAAGGUGAACCACCCAUCAGUGCUGGGACUAGAGGUGGGGCAGGAGAUCAGGGCCAAGUACUUUGGGCGUGACCCUGCCAAUGGACGUAUGCGGUUAUCUCGGAAGGUUCUCCAGACCACUGGAAGAUAGAUGCGAUUGUGAUGGUUUCCAUUGUGAUGGUUUCCUCAUUGUGAU